ACUUGUAAACAGAAGUAAAAUGUAAUGUGAUCGUGAUCAACUCAGUUGCAGAUUGACGAAAACAAACCUAGGAUUCCCAAGAUUCAGAUGAUAAAGAGAACUGGUGCCAGAUGAUAAGUGUUACUGUUUCCAUUUUUAUGAACUUUUGACACAAAAAUGUUCAGGUUUUCAGCAAUUCUCACUCAAGUUAGAAUCAGCGAAAAGUUCAUUAUAGUCAGAAACAUGGCCAAGAAUCCAAGCGUUAUAAUAGUCGGUGCAGGCGUUUCCGGAAUUGCAGCUGCAACAAAAUUACUGGAAAACGGAUUUGUCAAUCUUACUGUCCUAGAGGCGGAAAAUAAAAUAGGCGGCAGGGUGUGUUCCGUAGAAUUUGGCGGUAGUUUUGUGGACCUUGGUGGCCAGUGGGUUCACGGGGAAAAAGGCAAUUUAGUCUACCAGAAAGUGAAAGACCUUGACCUGCUCAGUACGUCUCAUAAUACAUUCAGUGACAAUACGUACUAUUUAUCUAACGGAAGCAUUGUUGACAAAGAUAUUACAGAUCGCUUGUUCGCGAUUGGCAUGGAAAUAAUUGAUGAUAAGGAAGGCGCAAAAAAUGGUACAGGCUCGGUUGGAGAUUACUUCAUAAAAGUGUUCUAUGAAGCUGUUUCAAAGGAAUUUGGUCAUAAUGAAAACGUACUUAAAAUAGCAAAAUUACUUGAGUCCUGGCUUGAGAAGUUCUUCUUCUGUUUGAACUCAGAAUCCUGGUUUAAUAUUUCCACAAAUGGUGCACAUGUUUUUGAGAGUUGUGAAGGCGACCAGCAACUAAAUUGGAGAGAUAAGGGCUACCGUACUAUCUUGGAUGUUCUAAUGAAAAAAAUUCCUGACGCUACGAAACAGCUACCACUGGACGAUAAGAUAUUUUUAAAUAAAGAAGUGUCCAAAAUUACCUGGGACAAUAACACUACCAACUUUAAUGGGGUCACAGUUAAUUGCUCGGAUGGCUCUACCUUCAAUGCCGAUCACGUUAUUGUUACUACUUCACUCGGGGUCCUUAAAAAGUUUCAUGAAUCAUUGUUCAUCCCAGAAUUACCUCCUUACAAAAUCAAUUCCAUCGAGGGUAUUGGUCUGGGAACAGUAAACAAGAUUUUAUUAAAAUUCCCUACGAAAUGGUGGUCAAAUGAUCUGAAAGGAAUAAAUUUAUUAUGGACAGAAGAGGAUAGAGUAAAUUUACAUAAGGAAUCGCACCUUUUUGGACCUUCAGAGAAUUCAGAUAAUGGAAGAUGUUGGUUAGAAGAUAUUUUUGGUUUUUAUGUAAUUGAUAGUCACCCUAGAGUGUUAUUGGCUUUUGUCGUUGGAAAAUCAGCACCAAAAGUUGAAUUACUAUCCGAUGAAUUGGUAAUUGGAGGAUGUAUGUAUUUGCUAAAAAAAUUCUCUGGCUGGAAAUAUGAAAUACCAGAAGCCGAUGAAGUUUUGAGAUCAAAAUGGAGCAGUAACCCUCAUUUCUGCGGAUCAUAUGCACACGUUAGCAUAGAAUCUGAGAAUAAAAAAGCUUCUGCCGAAGAUCUUGCUAAACCUCUCAUAUCAGCAAACGGCAAACAGACAGUACUUUUUGCCGGCGAAGCCACAAAUCCCUCGAAAUUUUCUACGGUCCAUGGUGCUAUUGAAACUGGUUACAGGGAGGCUGAAAGAUUAAUAAAAAUAUACAAGUAAAUGUAAAUGCGUUCUAGUUCUGUCUUUUUAAUAACAUAAUUAUACUUUAUUAAACAUGUAUAUAAAAAUAAAUAUAAUGAAUGCAAACCGCGAA